AUGUCGGAACCGCCGCUACCAAGUGUUCGUCGACAACUUUUAUUUGCCAAAUACCGACCAUUGAUCACCACACCUUUCUUCUUUGGAUUCUCAACUCAUGUUCUUUCGCCAGCGUUGUUUUCUAGAUUACUUAGUUCGCGUUUUGACAUACCAAUAAGCAACUUGCUUCUGUUUGGAUCGCAUGUAGGCGUUACGAGCUAUUUGUACACGUCUAAACAUCUGAGGAAAGCUCACAUGUUCGAACGGCUUUUAUACAGUAUUUAUGGUUCGGCAAUGUUUAACUUUGGCACAGUCCUAGUCAUGUCAAUCAUUCGAUCGAUUUUUCCUGAUAAGGAACCACUACGUUUAGGAAUAGGUUUGUCAACUGCUGUGGCUUUACUAGCUAUUGGAAAGAAAUAUGUCAACUAUAUCGAUCAAGUUUUCGAAGCCGUUCGCUACCGAUCGAUCCCACGAUCGUAA